GCAUGACGCAAGGACGCGUGACGCAAGACGCAACGCAAGACAAAAAAGCUGCAAGCCGCCAAGCCGCCAUUUUCUAUUCCUUUUGUGCAUAAUCUACAAGAUAUUUCAUUGGGAAAUAAUUUAGAACAAUUUUUAAUUUUUCAGCCCCGGAUUGGCUCAUUGAAUCAAUAUCAGUUCCUAUUUAGUAUUAACGCAUAAAGAAUAUUUAUUAUAAUAGUUAUAUCGUUGCACCAACCCUUUGAAAUAUUAAUUGAUUAGAAAAUUGUUGGCAAAUUUGGUGAAGUGCUGAAGUGGCAAAAGCUGUGUGCAGUCUAGUCGUUUAUUCAAAUCAAUAAUGUCUUUCGGCGGCAGAGGCGGCGGCGGCUCCUUCCGCGGUGGCUCAGACCGCAACUCCUUCGGAGGCGGUGGAAGAGGCGGCGGCAGCAGCUUCCGAAGCGGCGGCGGAGGUGGAGGCAGGGGGGGCGGGGGCUUCAGAGGCGACUCGGGCGGCUUCGGGGGCGGGUCGCGGGGCGGCAGGGACGGAUUCCGGAGCGGCGGAGGCGGGGACAGGUUCGGGGGCGGUGGGGGUGGUGGUGGAAGGUUUGGGGGUCGCGGGGGCGGCGGGGGCAGGCAGGGGGAGCGGCUGUACAAGCCGCAGUGGGCUAAUAUACAGCUGCAUCCGUUGAAGAAGGAUUUCUAUGUGCCGCAUCCGGCUGUGGCUAAUAGAUCACCCUAUGAGGUGGAGCAGUAUCGCAGGUCCAAGGAGAUUACUGUGGAAGGGAACAAUGUGCCCAAUCCUAUUCAGAAUUUCAGUGAGGCUUGCUUUCCUGACUAUGUUAUGAGAGAAAUCCAGAAUCAAGGUUAUGACGCCCCCACUGCCAUCCAAGCGCAGGGCUGGCCCAUAGCCCUCAGCGGCAUGGACAUGGUCGGCAUCGCCAAAACCGGCUCCGGGAAAACCUUGGCCUACAUCCUGCCGGCCAUCGUGCACAUCAACAAUCAGCCGCCCAUCGGUCGAGGCGAGGGUCCCAUCGCUCUGGUUCUAGCUCCCACUCGGGAGUUGGCGCAGCAGAUCCAGCAGGUGGCCAUCGAUUUCGGGAGCUCGUCUUACGUGCGGAAUACUUGUAUUUUCGGGGGAGCGCCCAAAGGGCCGCAGGCUCGCGAUUUGGAAAGGGGUGUGGAGAUUUGCAUCGCCACCCCAGGACGUCUUAUUGACUUCCUUGAAAAGGGCACCACCAAUCUGGAACGGUGCACCUACCUAGUGUUAGACGAGGCCGAUAGAAUGUUGGACAUGGGUUUCGAGCCCCAAAUUAGAAAGAUUCUGGAGCAGAUCCGGCCUGACAGACAGACGCUUAUGUGGUCCGCCACAUGGCCAAAAGAAGUGAGAAAGUUGGCGUCCGACUUUCUGAACGAGUUUAUUCAGAUUAAUAUUGGGUCGCUGCAGCUAUCAGCUAAUCAUAACAUCCUGCAAAUCGUGGAUGUUUGUCAAGAGCACGAAAAAGAAUACAAGCUGAAUCAGUUGUUGCAAGAGGUCGGCAACAACGCCGAGCCCGGCUCAAAGAUCCUCAUUUUCGUCGAAACCAAAAAGAAAGUGGAAACUAUUACGAGGAACAUCAGAAGAUACGGUUGGGGCGCCGUUUGUAUGCAUGGAGACAAGAGCCAGCAAGAGCGUGAUUACGUUCUCAAUGAGUUCAGACACGGGAAAUCGACUAUUUUGGUGGCUACUGACGUGGCUGCCAGAGGAUUAGAUGUGGAAGGGAUAAAAUAUGUGAUUAAUUACGACUAUCCCAAUUCCUCCGAGGAUUACAUACACAGGAUAGGCAGAACGGGGCGUUCCGAGACUACUGGUACGUCUUACGCCUUCUUUACCCCGUCCAACUCUAGACAAGCCAGAGAUCUGAUGUCUGUUCUGAAGGAAGCAAAUCAGGUGAUCAACCCCAAACUGGCCGACAUAGCGAACCGCCCGGCAUUCGGAGGCGGGGGCGGCCGAAGCGGAGGCGGCCGGUUCGGUGGCGGCGGCGGCGACCGCGGUAGCAGAGGCCGCGGGGGUGGCGGCGGAGGCAGGGGCGGCUCGGGAGGUGGGCGCGGUGGCGGCGGAGGCCGAGGGGGCGGUUCGGGAGGCGGGUUCAGGGCGCGCGAGGGCGGCUCGGGCAGGCCGACGCGGUUCAGCGACGGGCCGGCUGCCGGGGUCAGAGGGUCCAACGGAUACGGAGGAUAUUGAAUGGAAUUAUAGAAAUUACAUUCUACUCAGUAUUUUUCUUCCGAUGCAUUCCAUGUGCAUCUCGAGUUGCAGUUAAUCAACAAAAUGUGCCCUCUCCCUAUAUUAUAGUUUAUUGUCGGAUUCUUUCAUGUUUAAGAAUAAUUAUAAAAGUUUUAACUGUGAUGAGUUCAAGCUAAUUGGAGAAGUUUUUUUUUAUUUGUCGACUGUUCAAAUAAUACUUUAAAUUAAAUAAAUAAUUGUAUUUAUAG